GGUUUAAAAAAUCUAGGGCCGGCGGAACUUCAAUAAAUAGAGGCACUUGAAAUUCUGCAGCCUAUCUGCAGAUUGUGAGAGAGAGAAAUGGCUCGCUCUAUAACCAGUUUGUUGUCUCGGAAAAGUGUUGUCGGAGUUUCAAAUUGGGUUUACCGGACAGGUAGUUGUUUUGUUUCUCCGAUGAGCACGGUGAGCGUCUCCGACGAAUCUCUCCGUUGCCCGGCGAGUUUGCCUUCCAGAAUCUCGCCGUGGCUGAUGCUACCACCACCCACUGAAAGCAGCAGCGGCAACAAGGUCUAUAACUUCUACAGCCUUUCUCAGGACAAAGUUUUGAGCCUCAACAAAAUUUCCGCCGCCGCCGGAGAAGAGGAAAAAACAGGUGUUCCUGUUCCAGAAGACGACGCUCAAAUUGUGGGAUCUUCACACGGGUGGCUUGCUCUGCAUAACGAAAACAAUUCAGAUUUGUUUCUGUCGAAUCCACUCUCCCGCCGCCACGUAAAGCUUCCCGCCAUUAACAAAUUACCCGAAAACACCUCGUGCGUAGGCCACGUGAUCGUCUCGUGCUCGCCGAACGUCGAAGGAGACGACGACUGCCGCGCGUUGAUGACUUACGGGCCGGAAAAUCGACUGGCCUUCUGCUGCCCGGGCCGCCGAAGCACCGAGUGGACUCCGAUCGGCGAUUGGUACUACGAGUUCAAGGGCUGUCGAUCGGCUAGGGCUUACGAGGCGUGUGUCUACUCGAGCCGACAAAAGUUAUUCUACUGCAUCACUCGCAGCAGUGAGUUCGAGGCGUGGGAUCUAAGUAACCCCGUUUCUCCGAAGUUGAUUCCAAUGGUCUUGUCGAUCGAACCUACUUCCGAUGAUUCCGAACUUGAUGAUUCCGAACUUGACCGCCGGUUAGCCGGAGAGAUGGAGCUCAAAGACCAUAGCAUGGAACACAAAUCCCUUAUUGUUAACGAACACUCGGGCGAUCUUUUUCUUGUGACAAGGCACAUAAUCGAACGAAUGAAUCUCGACGGUUCGUACGCUGAAGAAGAAGCGUGCGAUGUCGACAACUACGACCCCAUGAAUGAUUUGAAUAAAUUUCCACACAAGACUAUUAGUUUUGAUGUUCAUAAAUACGAUCCCGAGAAUGAAAUCUUUAGAUACAUGGACAAGUGUUCGUUGGAUGGACUUUCGUUUUUCGUUGGUUGUAACCACGGGUUUGCGCUGCGUGCGAGCGAAUUCCCGGAAUUGAAGCCCGAUUCCAUCUACUUCACCGAUGUUUCUAGUCUACCGGAUUGGGUUGAAUGUCGUUACGGGGGUCACGAUAUCGGGAUCUUCAGCUAUAAAGACGGUACGACUAUAUCGCCGUGCUAUUAUCCGUGCGAUUUGCAGAGCUUCAAAAGGAUUAAACCGAUUCCGAGGUGGUUCACUCCGAGCCCUCUCUAGUUAAUUUAAUAUUUAUCAUCUUUCGUGUUUCUUGAUUAUUUUUCGUAUUUCAAUUAUGCGUUUUGCGGACCCCGUAGUUUUUUUGUUUUACGGAUGCGGACUACAUCUUUCUUGAUUUAAUAGUAUUUUGUUUUUCGAUUUU